CCCUCUCUCUCUCUCCCUCUAGGAGAUGUUGGGGCCCAGGCCCUGUUCUCAGUGCCACGGAGGCCUGGCUUUGGCACCAUGGGGAAGCCUAUCAAGCUGCUGGCCAACUGCUUCCAGGUGGAUAUCCCCAAGAUGGACGUCUACCUCUAUGAAGUAGACAUCAAGCCCGAGAAGUGCCCACGUCGCGUCAACAGGGAGGUGGUGGACUCCAUGGUGAAGCACUUCAAGGUGACCAUCUUUGGGGACCGAAGGCCAGUCUACGAUGGGAAGAGGAGCCUCUACACAGCCAACCCCCUACCAGUCGCCACAGCGGGGGUGGAUCUGGAUGUCACCCUGCCAGGGGAGGGGGGUAAGGAUCGCCCCUUCAAAGUGUCCAUCAAGUUUGUGUCGCUAGUCAGCUGGCACCUGCUGCACGAGGUCCUGAUGGGGCGCACCAUGCCUGAGCCCUUGGAGCUGGACAAGCCCAUCAGCACCAACCCUGUACACGCAGUGGAUGUGGUGCUGCGACACCUGCCUUCCAUGAAGUACACCCCAGUGGGGCGCUCCUUCUUCUCCGCCCCAGAGGGUUACGACCACCCCCUGGGCGGGGGUAGGGAGGUGUGGUUCGGCUUCCACCAGUCGGUGCGGCCCGCCAUGUGGAAGAUGAUGCUCAACAUUGACGUAUCAGCCACGGCGUUCUACAAGGCCCAGCCGGUGAUCCAGUUCAUGUGCGAGGUCCUGGACAUCCACAACAUAGAUGAGCAGCCCCGGCCCCUCACCGACUCCCACAGGGUCAAGUUCACCAAAGAGAUCAAAGGUCUGAAGGUGGAAGUGACCCACUGCGGGACGAUGCGGAGGAAGUACAGAGUGUGUAACGUGACUCGUCGUCCUGCCAGCCACCAGACGUUCCCCCUGCAGCUGGAGAAUGGUCAGACAGUGGAGCGCACAGUGGCCCAGUACUUCAGAGAGAAGUACAGCCUGCAGCUGAAGUACCCCCACCUCCCCUGCCUACAGGUGGGCCAGGAGCAGAAACACACCUACCUGCCUCUGGAGGUGUGCAACAUAGUAGCUGGCCAGCGCUGUAUUAAAAAACUCACUGAUAACCAGACGUCCACCAUGAUCAAAGCCACGGCCCGCUCUGCCCCAGACAGACAGGAGGAGAUCAGCAGGCUGGUGCGGAGUGCGAACUAUGAGGCGGACCCGUUCGUCCAGGAGUUUCAGUUCCGCGUGCGUGACGAGAUGGCUCAGGUGACGGGCCGUGUGCUGCCGGCCCCCGGGCUGCAGUACGGCGGCAGGGCAAGCUUGGAACACUUCAUGUCCCAGCAGAUGAACCCUGCGGUGUCAUUGCAGAACCGCACGGUGGCCACGCCCAGCCACGGCGUGUGGGACAUGAGGGGCAAACAGUUCCACACUGGGGUGGAGAUUAAGAUGUGGGCCAUCGCUUGCUUUGCCACACAGAGGCAGUGUCGUGAGGAGAUCCUCAAAGGUUUUACUGACCAGCUGCGUAAGAUCUCUAAGGAUGCUGGGAUGCCCAUCCAGGGCCAGCCAUGUUUCUGUAAGUACGCUCAGGGAUCAGACAGCGUAGAGCCCAUGUUCAGGCACCUGAAGAACACCUACGCUGGCCUGCAGCUCAUCAUCGUCAUCCUACCUGGAAAGACCCCAGUCUAUGCUGAGGUGAAGCGGGUCGGAGACACCCUCCUGGGCAUGGCCACUCAGUGUGUGCAGGUGAAGAACGUGGUAAAGACAUCCCCUCAGACCCUCUCCAACCUCUGCCUCAAGAUCAACGUCAAACUGGGGGGCAUCAACAACAUCCUGGUGCCACACCAACGUCCCUCGGUGUUUCAGCAGCCUGUUAUCUUCCUGGGGGCCGACGUCACUCAUCCUCCAGCCGGAGACGGAAAGAAGCCAUCCAUCGCUGCGGUGGUGGGCAGUAUGGAUGCCCACCCCAGCAGGUACUGUGCCACAGUGAGGGUCCAGAGACCCAGACAGGAGGUGAUCCAGGACCUGGCCUCCAUGGUGCGGGAGCUCCUCAUCCAGUUCUACAAGUCUACCCGCUACAAACCAACCAGAAUCAUAUUUUAUAGGGAUGGUGUGUCAGAGGGACAGUUCAGACAGGUGCUGUACUAUGAGCUGCUGGCCAUCAGAGAAGCCUGUAUCAUGUUGGAGAAAGAGUACCAGCCGGGAAUCACCUACAUUGUAGUGCAGAAGCGCCAUCACACACGACUCUUCUGUGCUGACCGGAAUGAGCGGGUUGGACGGAGUGGUAACAUUCCUGCAGGCACCACUGUGGACACAGAUAUAACCCACCCCUAUGAGUUUGACUUUUACCUCUGCAGCCAUGCAGGAAUACAGGGUACCAGCAGACCUUCCCACUACCAUGUUCUGUGGGACGACAACUGCUUCACGGCUGACGAGUUCCAGCUGCUCACCUACCAGCUGUGCCACACCUACGUCCGCUGCACCCGCUCAGUCUCCAUCCCCGCGCCAGCCUACUACGCCCACCUGGUGGCCUUCCGCGCCCGCUACCACCUGGUGGACAAAGAACAUGACAGUGCGGAGGGCAGCCAUGUCUCGGGGCAGAGUAAUGGCCGAGACCCCACAGCCCUCGCCAAGGCUGUUCAGAUUCAUCACGACACACUGAGGACCAUGUACUUCGCCUGAGAGUGGGGUGUUGGGAGGGGUAUUCUGUCAGCCUUGUCAAUCUCACAUUGGACCCCGGGCUGGCACAGCUCUGGUCCUGACAAGGGGAUGCCAAGCUGCUAAAGGCAACAACAACUACAACAGCCAGAGUGGAGUACAGAAACGUUAUGCAAUACGAAACCAGCCAAUCCUCUCCCGGCCUGUUCUCUUCUGCUGUGUUUUUAAUUGAUUAUGGAUUGUCUCUGAUAUUGCUCCUUGAGCUGUGCAAGUCAUGUCCUCGCCUUACAGGUUUGACAGCAGCCCAACUUUUGCUUUGUGUUACUUUCAAAAUGCCAGAGUGUAGAAGACAAGACAGGGGAAUUGAUAAGGAUGGUUUCAGGGUGUGGGGGCAUAGCAGGUCCAGUGAGGAUCAGUCUUGUUUCCUCAACAAGGUGAUGAAUGAUAUGCUGACUUGUCUAUCCAAGGGGUUCAAUUGUAUAAGUUGUCCUCUUUACAUGUCUCCGUCAGCUUGUUGUUGUAUGUGCGUCUUCUUAUGUUCUGUAGAAGUCUGAUUGCCAUGAUGAUGCCCGUUUGUCAAGAACGCUCGUGAAUCACAGCUAUGCCAUUUUUCAUACGGCAAGCUGCUCGCCUAGUUACUCUACUCUCUCUAAGCCAAUGGUGACUUACUUGUAGUCAAGGUUUAACACUGCAUUCUCUAUCAAUAUCAACAGAGUUGUUGUUUUUUACAUACAGCCACAGCCAUUGUUUUAGGGAUUACCUGUUAAGUACUGUUAGAAUAUCAACCCUAGCCACAUCAUGGACCUACUCAGAACCUUUACAGAGUUCACUGUGGUAGCUACAGAUUUCACUUUUCCUUAGUUUUACUCCUGCUAUUUUAAGAGAUUAGUCUUAUUUAACAUUCAUUUUCAGCAAUAGAACACCGUUAGUUUGUCUGUCAAUGGCCAAAGAGGUUUUUCACAUUUUUAACUAAGGAACUGAUGAUGUCAUGCAAUUCUUAAGUGCAAUACGUCGUUAAUGCAGAAAACCGGUCCAAUGGUUAACAUGCCAAUUUGAUAUUUUUGGGCCAUUAUGAUCGGACAUGGGCAAGUUAUAACGGAUAAAGAAUGUAAACCGGGCCAAGAAUUGAUGCCAUAAAAUUGUUGUGGGGGUGACAAAUGACAGCUUUUUGUAAAUUGGGUAAAUGAGUGCCUGAUUUGGGGGUGAAGAAGAAUUUGAAAGACAAAGGGUGUAUUUCUUUUCAUUAGAGCUCCUGUGAGAUUAGUUAGUUUAGUUAUCCAGUCAUAUUAUUUCAUCCAAGCAUUACUGUAAGCAUGAUAUGUUGUCCAGGACUGUCUGGGGUUAGAGAGCAGAGAGGGUGUGGCAGCAUUGAUUUAGUUUUUAAUGUGAAUUAUUAUUGAGUAUGUAGACUGACCAAUUGAAGGUGGGGACAGUUAGCUAACGGUUCUGUCUCAUUCAUUUUAACACUGGUGGUAGGAUUCAUUUUGCACUGUUAAAAGUAAGCAUUCAUAUUUCAGAGUUUUAUCAAGCCAUUUUGUCACAUUGUAUUUGAAGGGCAUUGUCUCUCCAUUUGCCUUGCUGUGAAGUAUCCUCCAGGUGAGGCUUUUGAGUUUCAUCUCGUUCCACUUGGACCAAACCAACGUGCCUGGGGUCAUCUGCUUGGGGAAUGGAUUGUAUGGGCCUUGUCUGACUGGGAUACAAUUGAUCCCUGCUCUCACUGCCUUUGCAAAAGAAGCAGCCGCGUUGUAGCAUGGCCGAUGUUUUGCCACACUCAUUGUCCUAUAGCCACGUGUUACCAGAACAAAACUAGCUGCUAUACUACAUUUUUAUUUUGUUCAUAUAUAUUUGUACAAAGAGACUAUAAGAAUGACAAUUUACUGCACUUAAAGAUGCAUGUGUUUCAGGUGAGACACAUGCCCUGGUGCUGAGAGAUGCAGUUUGUUGUGGGGGGGUUUAGUAGACAGACUGUCUCUUGUAGUCAGAGAUUGAGAUUCAUUGGGUGUUUUUCAAGGAUCAGGAGUAACAAUAGAGAGUACUCUCUCACUAUGAUACAGGGGACAUACUUUAAUUCCCAGAGGGUACGAUUGUUUAGUAACAUGGUUUACACCGGUUUGUGGACAUCAAUACAAUACAGCUCCGCCCCUGGGGUUUGUGCGAAUUGUCACAGCUAAAAUUGUUACUUUCUUGCAAGAUGUCAGACAUUACCAGCAUUUGAUUUUACUUGAACAGCAUAGGUAGGAUCUGAUCAACUGCAACUGUGGGCUAAUGUGUAACUGCCCUGCUUGUGUGAAUAAUUUAAGUCUGUACAGCAGUAGUACAGGAAGGAAUUCGCUCUACACUCACGUUGCCACGGAAUCGACCUCUAGAGCCAGUGGGUCGGGUUUUGCAGCUAGGAGGCAGAGCAUUGGGAGCUUGUGCUGUGUUCGUAACCAAGUGGAAGGUGGGAAUUUACCAGUUGUGAAGUUAUAAAUACCAUUUGGAGGCAUUCACACACUUUUAACUCAUUGAGAAAUGCCGAUUUUUGUCUAAUGUCCAACAAAACCAUAACCUAAAAGUACAGCUACACUACAUGACCAAAAUUAUGUGGACACCAGAUCGUCGAACAUCUCUUUCCAAAAUCAUGGGCAUUAAUAUGGAGUACGCCCUCCCUUUGCUGCCAUAAGAGCCUCCACUCUUCUGGGAAGGCUUUCCACCUAAUGUUGGAACAUUGCUGAGGGGACUUGCUUCCAUUCAGCCACUAGCAUUAGUGAAGUAUGCAUUAGUGAAGUCGGGCACUGAUGUGCGAUUAGGCCUGGCUCGCAGUCGGCCUUCCAAUUCAUCCCAAAGGUGUUUGAUUGGGUUGAGGUCAGAUUCGUCCGUUGGACUGCUAGAUGGUGAAGAGCGAUUCAUCACUCCAGAGAACGCGUUUCCACUGCUCCAGAGUCCAAUGGCGGCGAGCUUUACACCACUCCAGCUGACGCUUGGCAUUGAGCAUGGUGAUCUUAGGGUUGUGUGCGGCUGCUCGGCCAUGGAAACCCAUUUCAUGAAGCUCCUGACGAACAGUUCUUGUGCUUCCAGAGGCCGUUUGGAACUCGGUAAUGAGUGUUGCAAUCGAGGACAGACUAUUUUUACACGCUACGCACUUCAGCACUCGGUUGUCCCUUUCUGUGCUCUUUUGUGGCCUACCACUUCGUGGCUGAGCCGUUGUUGCUCCUAGGUGUUUCCACUUCACAAUAAUAGCACUUAUAGUUCACCAGAGCAGCUCUAGCAGGGCAGAAAUGUUAUGAACUGACUUGUUGGAAAGGUGGCAUCCUAUGACAGUGCCACAUUGAAAGUCACCGAGCUUUUCAGUAAGGCCAUUCUACUGCCAAUGUUUGUCUAUGGAGAUUGCAUGGCGGUGUGCUUGAUUUUAUACACCUGUCAGCAACGGGUGUGGCUGAAAUAUCCAAAUCCACUCAUUUGAAGGGGUGGCCACAUACCUUUUAUGUAUAUAUAAUGGAUCAUGGUUGCAAUCAAAUUAGUGUUCAAAAACCAUAUUAAUAGAUAGAUGUUUUAUGUUUUGUUGCACAGGUAAUUUCCUUAGUAGGUUAUGUCAGAGGUCACCAUGUGUGAGAUCGGCUUGAUAGACAAAUUUCACACUAGUAAUUACUAGUUGGAGGGCCAUUCCAGUGGAUUUUCCCCAGUCGUAUGUGGUAAAUUCCCACUUGGUUACGAACGUAGCAUCAUUCUGAGGUAGGGGGGUAAUACAUGGCUAUAUAAUGCACUACUUUUGACCAGGACCCAUAGACCUCUUGGCAAAAGUAGUGCACUAUAGGGAAGUAUGGUUGCAUUUGAGGUUGAACUAGGCUCCUUCAUGUGUUGCCCCCCCCCCCCCCCCCCCACUAAAAGCUGGACAUCAGAUGCCUUCUUUUGUUAUUCUAAUGCAUUUUUAAUUCCGAAAUGGAGAAAUAUUUGUAUAUUUAAAAUAUGGAAUAAUAUAAUGAGCCACUUAUUUUUGCUAAUAAAUUCUAGAAAAGUAGAACAAAUGUGACGAUAAUAAUGAAAUAAAGACCAUAGUGAUAUAGUCACUGAUAAUAAUCCAAAUGUAAUAAUUCAAUAGACUGUCGUUUAUUUCCUGGUUGUUAAAAUUCUAGUAGUUCCCCUAAUUUCAGUUUGUGACAAAACAAGCAAGUGAAUCAUUGUACCAUCUAAACUGCUGUGAAAUAUCUUUUUAAUAACCAAAAAAAUUGGCUUUUUGGCUUUUUUAAGCUGGUGUACAAAACCGAAAGUAAACCCGAAAUGUAAGAACGGGAAGCCUAGAAAAAGUGCACAUACAAUAGAUCAACCGCUUUUUAGACUUGCUUUCAAUGAGUGACAGAUCUAUAACUCACAUUUCUAUGUGCAUUUGGUCGAGUCGCCAAUGAAGUUACAUAUUGCAGCUUUUAAAGCAAAGCGUGUCAUAUCGAAGCUACAUCUGCUGCAUUUAAAUAACCUACUGUGUGGGGGGGGGGGGGGGGGCUUGUUUUUUUUGUGGCAGCUGUUGUCUUGUGACUGAUUGGAUGAACCUCCUGCUAUUUCCCAUCACCCUCCUCUCUGUUCAAUGAACUAACAAUCUCUGGAGAGUAGCCUAGCUUCCAUUCAGUAGGUUCCAUUAAUCUCACAGAGCCUAGUCUUCUAGAACCUGUAGUGAAUGUGACCUACAUUUUGAUUGAUUUCCUCCAACAUUUGACUGUGUGCAUCCCUCAAAGUUUUUCUUGUGGAAGGAGUGAAGGUUUUAUCCUUGGACAGAAUAGUCUGUAGACUGUGCCUUUUCCUGAUGGUGCUGAAAACAAGUAAAUCAAAGAGAUCUUACUUUCAAAACGUUGAGGGCAAUAUGCCUAUGUCUACAUUGAUACGUAUAUAUUGAUACAUGCCAAUUUUGUGUGGGUGCCUGGGUGUCUGUUUGUGACACUGACAUACAGUAUAAGAACACAAUAAUAUGCAGAACCAACCAGUUUUGAGGUGUCAGGACCAAAAAUGCUUAUGGGGAUGGUAAGGUAGGCAGGCACUCGCAUGGCACAACCAAAAAAGUUGCAUUUAAUAACUGGGCAUGACACUAUAGUGGAUAUUUUAGACUGCCACCCUCCUCAGGUGGAAAAUAGUUUUCUGUAAUGCAUGGGAUUUCCAACCCUGGUUCCCUUUGUUUAAACCUUUAGUAGAUAGAUGUUCAGUGAUGGUGUUCUACCCAAAGUGAACAGCAAUAAACAAAGUGAUCUUUAGGCUCUGAGCAACUAGCUGUUGGGGUUACACCAGGGGGUGCUUCCCAAAUGGCACCAUAUUCCUUAUAUAGUGCACUACUUUUGACCAGAGUACCUCUUCUUUUUAAUUACUAUCCUGUGAGAGCCACUUUGCAUACCAUUUGCCACAUGUUGAUGCUAAAUUCUUUCAAACACCUUUGGUUAUGUCCCAAAUAGCACCCUAUUCUCUUUUAUAGUGCACUAAUAUUGGCUCUGAUCAAAAGUAGUGCACUAUAUAGAUGGAUGGAAUAGUGCCAUUUGGGAAGUAACUCUGGUGAACCCAACCAUUUAUUCCAGGCCUAAACAAAAAUGCAUUCUAGUUGUUUAGAACCACUGCUCUUGCAUGUAUACAUUUCUUCUCAAUAUCUUACAGCUAGAGGUUUACAGACAGAGAACAACAUGCAAUUUUGCCACAAGAAUGCCUGCUUGCCUAGGAAAGAAUUCCCCCGAAAAUCUCCAAACCCUGCACCUCUUCUUGUGGUUGGCUGCAUAUCGUACUUAUUAAUAAGAUGCAAAUGACAAAUUCAUUUGGUAACAAUAUGCAAAAAAAAAUUAUAUUUGCAAAUACCUUUUUUUGUCUGUCUGAUGCUGUUUAGCCUUUUUAUUUGGUUGUCAUAUGUAAUUGUUUUAAUUAAAACUAUGUAUGAAA